CAAAAAAUAAAAACAUACAACAGCCGGUGUUCGCCAGUGGUCACCCACCUGACUACUAAUCUGCCUCUCAUUAGCUUGACUCUGGGAGAGCGGACGGGAUCCCGUAUAUUCCAAUGGAUAUGGUCGUAUGUGACAGAGCAUCGUGAUACUAAUCAUUAUAGGACAACUACAACAACCUCAUGA